AUGAGCAGCAAGGAGAACGCGGCGUUCAAGCCUGCCGGAGGUGAAUUAUCGACGGAGCAGCGGGCUCGAAUUUCCAAUAGUUAUAGAGCCGCCAAGGCACUCUUAGCCCGCAAACGCCCCAAGCUCGAGCCCAGCACCCUAUCCGGUCCCCUUUUAACCAAUCAUAAGCCUGGAGAUGAGAAGGAAAGUUCAGUUGAUGGAAAUAAGAGGCUGCCUCUUUCUGAAAUUUGUACAAACUUACCAUUCCCAGUUUCGUUACAGGGUUGCAAGUUGUCCAAUAGGAAUGUCGACCUUCCAAAAAAUGGAGUUAAGAAUGAAAUACUUCAAAUUCCCGUCAGGCAAUCUGGAUGCAGUAGCCCCGGAUCAUGUUUAGGAAAUGUGUCUAGCAGUGAUACCAAAUUGGUUACAAAUAGUUAUUCAAUACAACCUCCAGACUUUCUUGAUGAGAGGGAAUCUAUCUUGAUAUGUAGCUUGGAUGAUGAUUUUGAUGAGUCAAUUUUCGAACAAAUUGAUGCUCUCUGUGAACAAAAAUCAUCUGGCAAUUGUGAAAGAGGGGAUGUUCCAUUGGCCACCAUUGGAAAUGAGAUUGUUAAGAGUUGUGAGGAGGAUAGUCCCAUCACUAACAGUGAUGGUAAAGACGGAACGUUUAAAUCUGAAGAAGAUUCCAAAAUUUCUGAUGGAGGAGUACGUGGAAUCCAAGGAUUGGAUAAAUCAAAAAAUCCAGGAGCCAAAAGCAUGCCUGAGGAGUAUGCAAAGUAUAUCCAGUCUCUGAAUGAUAAGCAGCAGGAAGCAGCAUGCUGUGACAUUUCAGUUCCCUUAGUUAUUGUUGCUGGACCAGGAAGCGGGAAGACAUCCACCAUGGUUGGACGCAUUUUAAUGCUUUUACAUGAGGGUAUCAGCCCAUCCAAUGUUCUGGCAAUGACGUUCACCACAGCUGCGGCAGCUGAAAUGCGUGAGAGGAUAGGAGCAGUUGCUGGCAAAGCAGCAGCGAAGGAGCUUACCAUCAGCACAUUUCACUCAUUCUCUCUACAGCUUUGUCGCUUGCAUGCUGAUAAGUUAGGGCGUACUCCUGAAUUUUUGAUCUAUGGGCAUGGGCAACAGAGAAAGGCUGUCAUAGAGGCUGUCCGCCUGUUGGAGGAUGGAAAGAGAUGCACCAAUAAUGAGCUUUGCAAAUUUUCUGAGUUGUCUGAUAUUAAUUCUCCGAAGCAUUUCAAAGAGAAGUCCAAGAAAUGGCUUAAAUUUGUAACUCAGGCUAAAGCUGCUGGAAGGUCACCAGAGGAUUUUUGUAAAAUGGGUGAUGAGACAGGAGCAACUAUUCUUCAGAACUACAAUGAUAUAUUAAAAUCUUGCAAUGCCUUGGAUUAUCAUGACUUUAUUAGCUGCUCUGUUAAGCUACUGACUGAUUUUCCAGAAGUUCUUGCGGACUGUCAAGAAUCUUGGAAAGCAAUAGUGAUUGAUGAGUUUCAGGACACAAGUGCAAUGCAAUAUGGCUUGCUGCAUAUUCUAGCAUCGCAUAAACGCAUAACUAUUGUUGGUGAUGAAGAUCAGUCAAUUUUCAGUUUCAACGGUGCUGAUGUUUGUGGUUUUGAUUCAUUUAGGAAAGAUUUUCCGAUGUACAAAGAGGUCAGGCUAAACAAAAAUUACAGGUCCACACGCUGUAUAGUUGAAGCUGCAUCUUUUCUUAUACGAAAUAAUUCCAAGCGAUGCAUCUCAAAGAAUGUAGUGACUGAUAAUUCUUCUGGAUCAAAGAUAACCAUUAAGGAAUGUUCCAACGAAGAAGCAGAGUGUGCGUUUGUGGUUGAUAAAAUAUUCAGAAUUGCAUCAGAUGGUUUAUCUGACCAAAGGUGCUCCUAUGGCAACAUUGCCGUUCUCUACCGGAGGCAGGUAACAGGGAAACUAUUUCAAACGGCAUUUCGUGAUAGAAAGAUUCCCUUCAACAUUCAUGGUGUGGCUUUCUAUCGCAAAAAGGUAGUCCGAGCCAUUAUUGCUAUGUUGAGUACGGCAUUGCCUGGUUGUGAUGAUGGCCCAUUUCGCCGAGUGUUUAAGGCUUUACUUCCUUUUGAUAAAGAAGAAAUAAAGAAGGUAAUCCAACACAUUGACAAAGUUUCAACUGUACGGAAAUGCAAGUUUAUUUCAGCAGCAUCUGACAUAUUUAGUGCAAAAAUAUCUGGAACCUUUAGGAGGAGUCAGCUGACGCAAGGACGAAAGGUGUUGCACACUCUGGACAUUAUAUCAAAAUUUGUUUGCAGGGAACAUUCAAUUUCGGCUGUUAUCACAUCCGUGGCAAACAUGAUACCUCAGAAAUAUCUUCUUGAACAACGAGCAGUUCUUGAUGUUGAUGGUGGAAAGCUUCUGAAUGAAGAUAAUGAUCUACGUCCUGUAUUGCAGUAUCUAUUGGAUGAUGUUUCCUCGUUCCUGAUAACCGUACACAACGUUCAGAAAUCAGGCACUGAAAGUGUGAUGCAAGAGAAAGGUUGCAUGACUGCACUUCAGGCAUUUAUUGACUAUAUUUCUGAACGGGAAAGAGAAAAUUUUCGGUCAAGAAAGCAUGACAAUCAAAACUCAGUUACUCUUACUACAAUCCAUCAGUCAAAAGGUUUAGAGUGGGACACAGUUUUCAUUGUGAAGGCAAACGAAACUGAGAUUCCACUGUUGCAUGAACACAACGGUUUUCUUAAUGAGAAUGGUACCUCAAUUGAGGAAGAGAGGCGCUUGUUAUAUGUUGCGAUGACUCGUGCGCGCAAAAAACUCUUCGUGCUUUAUGUACUUGCAGAUUCUAAUUGGCAGGUUCUUCAACCAUCACGAUUCCUUCGAGAAAUUCCACAUCACCUAGUGGAGACUGAGGGCGAUCUGAUCUCGGUGAGUACAGAUAAAAUUUACCCACCAACUGAGCAAGAAGAUCUCCAGGAUUGUGUCAGUUUCAGAACAGAAUCUGCUGAAAAUAAUGAAUUGCUGCUAGCGGCCAUUGACAAUGCAUGCAGUGAAACAUCCAAAAAAUCUAGUGAACCUGAAAACUGCAACUCUAGCAACUUUUUGAAAAGGUUUUGUUCAGAGGACCGAGCUGUUGUUUCUCAUCUAUUCCAUCAAUGGGCCAAAAAACCUGCAUUUCAUGACCCAAAGAGAUUACUUAACAAGGUUGCUUUUGUCAUAGAUGAGCGUCUGCGGGCCAAAAAAUGUACACACAAGGAUGUUUUGCGCGAGUUGAAGACUUGUUUAUCAUCCGAGGAGGCUUACCAUUUUGCAGUAUCUGUUCUGAAAUGGGAGCAAAUUCCAGCAGAAAAGCGAGCUCAUUUAAUGAGAGAGAAACAGGAACAUUUCCAGAAAUUAAGAAUUGAAAGUGCAAUGAGUUCAUCAGAACCAACUCCCAAACAGGUUGCAUAUCUGCAGAGUCUUGGGUGCACUACGGUACCUACGUCACGACUGCAUGCUUCUCGUCUCAUCGAGGAAUAUAAAUCAUUAUGA